CAACCACUCCAGUCCGCCACCAGUCAGUGAGAGAGACGCCUAGGUGGUGGUUGCGUAACUCGUGUCUCGCUCCUUCCCGCUUCCCGGUUCCCUUGAUAAGCCAGGUGCUGUGUUAUUUUGCAGCGUAUUUUUCGUCGUAGUUACACAUCGUAUCAAAACGCCCAGCAUCCGUGGGAUGGGCCCCAGCGACUGGCGCCCUUUCAUCUACGGAGGCGUGUCUGCCUGUAUUGCUGAGUUUGGAACCUUUCCAAUUGACACAACCAAGACCCGGCUUCAAAUCCAAGGUGGUCGCUGUGAUGCUGGGCAGGUCAUCACUCGCAAGUAUAAUGGAAUGCUACAUGCCAUGCUCAGAAUUUCACAUGAGGAAGGAAUCCGAGCUCUUUACUUUGGGAUCAAGCCGGCUGUGUUACGACAGGCUACAUAUGGCACUAUUAAGUUUGGAAUCUACUACUCCUUGAAGCAGAUGCUGGUACAAAACCAAGCUGAAGAACAUCUAGGCAUCAAUAUAUUCUGUGCUGUCACUGCAGGUGUUGUGUCCAGUGCAAUGGCCAAUCCGACUGAUGUCUUGAAGGUGCGCCUGCAAAGUGGACGAAAAGACUUCAAGGAGAAGAGCCUUUUGCAGGCCUUUGUUAGUAUUUAUAGACAGGAAGGAAUCCAGGGCCUGUGGAGGGGAGUGCUCCCAACUGCCCAAAGAGCAGGUGUCAUCGUAGGGGUGGAGCUGCCUAUCUAUGACAUGUGCAAGCAUUACUUCAUCAAGAUGAAUAUCCUGCCUGACAGUGCCUCCAACCACUUCCUGUCAAGUUUCAUAUCGAGCCUUGGGGGAGCUGUGGCUUCCACACCUCUGGAUGUGGUCAGGACAAGACUGAUGAAUCAAAGGAGGUUGAAGCCUUCGCCUGCUCACAUUAAUGGGACGACUGUAUGCACAUCCAGGGUGUACACAAGUGCUUUGGAUUGCAUGGUGCAGACAGUGAAGUUGGAGGGGCCAUUGGCAUUGUACAAAGGUUUCAUCCCCACAUGGCUGAGGCUUGGUCCGUGGAACAUUAUAUUCUUUGUUACAUUUGAGCAGCUCAAAAAGUUAUACUAAGGACUCGGUAUGUGUGAAUCCAAUGUGAUGGCCUUCACAAUCUCAGCUAGCCUUGACAAUCUUCUGAGAUGUUCAAGUUUACAAGAAGGAAUCACAAAAGCCAUUUUUGAGGACAUUAUGGUAACUUGUACUUGUCAGUUUUAUAACUUUCGAUAAUUCUCCUUUGCUAACAAAAGAAUUUAAUGUGUCGAGACAUUCUGCCUACUCAGAAAUGGUUUUUAUAUUGUAUGCAGAAGUUCUUCUGAUAACGUCAGAAUUAAACUGUUGAAGGAUCUCAUAUUUAAUCUGUUAUGCCAGACAUCAAUUGCAUUUUUUGUACAGGCUCCAUUAUCAUCCUCAGUUAAUGUGAUAUGCAUUGUUAUACUUUAUAAUUUUUAGCUGUACAUAGCUUUCAUGUAGUGGUAUUUUUAUGUCACAUCAAAAGUGCAAUGUAAAUGUGUUACAAGUGUAAUGUUUGAAUGCCACAGUUUAGUAGUCUCAAGUAAAAAAUUUUAAUGAAAAGUGUGGAUAAUGUUGACAAUUGUCGCAUCCAGAAGUCUGUAAGUUUGCUUUAUUUGAAAUAAUAGUCUUUAUGUAUUUUUCGGUAUAACCUACCUAUGAUGUGGUUUUAUUUAUUUUUUAGGUAUAAUUUUUGUAUAUCUUGUUUGAAACUGAAUGAAAUCAUUUAAGGAAAUGACAGUUCAUAUAUGAAUGUAUAUUUUUGUAAAACAUGUUAGGUGGCCUACUGUAGAACACUGAAAAGCUUCAAUUUAUGAUGUCAAGUGAGCUGCUGUAGAACACCAAAGUGGUUAGGGAAACCUUUGUCUUGAGAGUGCUACGUAUAGUGUAAGGCAGUGAGGUAACUUGUGUCCGUGUUUGAUGGAUAAAAGAAUGAGAAAAUGUGCAGAUACUGAACAACUUAUUUUUAUCCCUCAAAUGUAAUGGUUGUAAUAGGAAGAUUUAUAAACUGUUACAAUGCAUUAAAUAAAUUAGUCAUUUUUAAGUA